UCGUUUUCUGCCGUCCCAUGUCGAAACACCGUGGGUUUAAAAUGAAACCGAGCCGUCCGUUCUGAGCCUUGUACCUUUGCUCUGAGUGUAACGGCAGUAGUGUUAGCAGCUGCAGGACAGUGCAGGACAUUCGUGUCACCAGUGAGUGAGUCUGAGAAAUUUACUUAAUUUUUUAAAUGAACUCUUUUCUUCUAAGUGAUUCCCGGUGUCACGUUACUUAUACUUAUUUACCCCUUUGUACAGCAGAGUAAUUUUUACUGUAGCGGUUCAGGGUGAGUAGCUUGACCAAGGGUACUGGAGCAGCAGGUGGGGAUUCAUCCCGGGCCCCUUGAGUCUAAGAGCAACAGCUUUCACCAGUGCGCCACCUGCUGGCUGCUUUCCAGGAAAUGCUCUUCAUAUGUGUAACAUCUUUUCUGGAAUAAAUAUUGAAUGCAAGACCGUGUUCAGAGGUGACCAGAUCAGUGCAACAAAGGGAACACUAUGUUCCCAUGGAGCUUUCCAGCAUGUCUCAAACAGGAAGUGCGCUUGAGCUCCUGGUGCGAGGGAGGCAAACGGCAGCUCUUCAGUGCUGCAAUAAGGCAGCGUUCUGCUACACGCAGCAGGGCGUCCCCACGCUAGAGGUAACGUCACGCUGUGCCGAGUUGCGAUGGCACAGGUGAACACGCACGGCGGGUCAUAAAGAGAGCCGAGAGCCCCCGCGCCGCAGAGGGAAAGCGCGAGCGUGUCAACGGGUGCUCGUCUCGCCGACGCACCUGAGCCGCUCCAGGAGCCUGUUUCCCUCUUUCACACCUGCCUGAGCCUGGCAACCAAACGUGCUGCUCAGCUGCUUCACGCACCGUUUGGCCUGAGCGUGGUGUGCGGCCCGGUCACGGUGUCCAUUCCCUUCCUCCACGGGGUGCACCUGGACCAGCUCAGCACAGCUCAGCACAGCACUGCUCUCCAUCGUGAUGAAUCCAGGGGGAGCGAAGGAGCCCCGUCUCCAGCCUCCGCUCCGGGGGGAGUCCAGCGAGGUCGUCUCCCAGGCAGCGAGGGAAAUUAUGGCCCUCUUUCCGUCCCUUGCGGUCCCAAAAGGACAUAAAUAGGCAGAGUCCACCAGGAGCUUCGAGUUUCAGAGCAGUGGGGAAAGUUUACCAGAGGAGAGGAAGGCAAGUGGGGGGAGGAGCAGCGACAGAAGAAAGCGCGAUCCCAGCGCGCGCGCACACCCACACACACACACACCCACACACACACACACUCACUCACUCACUCGCACAAGGGGUGGCGUCUCCUCCAAGCAUGCAGCAGCGCCAGCUGUGGACGACUGCGGCCCACGUUCCACAGGCAGCCAUGGGGGAGAUGGUUAACGCCUGGUUCGCCGAGAGAGUCCACUCCAUCCAGCCGCCCCGAGAAGGAGCCAGAGCCCAGGGGGAGUCCGGCGAAGCCCCGCCCCCGAACGGCCGCGCCGACUGCCCCGCCCCCAGCCCUUCACCCGGCACGCCCACCCGGAAGAUCUCUGCGUCUGAGUUUGACCGGCCGCUGCGGCCCAUCGUGGUGAAGGACUCGGAGGGCUCCCUGACCUUCGUCAGCGACGCGGAGCCGCCCCAGAUGCCGCUGAGGGCACAGCGGGGGGAGGCGGGUGCCGGAGGCGACCGCUGCGCCCAGCUGCUGGAGCUCGUGCGCGAGGUGUCCAGCCACCUGGACAUCACCUCGCUUUGCCACAAGAUCUUCCUGCACAUCAACGAGCUCAUCGCCGCCGACCGCUACUCGCUCUUCCUGGUGUGCGAAGACAGCUCCAACGAGAAGUUCCUGGUGAGCCGCCUCUUCGACGUGGCCGAGGGCUCCACGCUGGAGGAGGCUUCCAACAACGGCAUCCGUCUCGACUGGAACAAGGGCAUCGUGGGAUACGUGGCCACCACUGGUCGGCCACUCAACAUCAAGAACGCAUAUGAGGACCCCCGGUUCAAUGCAGAAGUGGAUCAGAUCACCGGGUACAAGACCCAGAGCAUCUUGUGUAUGCCCAUCAAGAACCACAGGGAGGAGGUGGUGGGCGUCGCCCAGGCCAUCAACAAGAAGUGUGGCACAGAUGGCAGCUUCACAGAGCAGGAUGAGAAGGACUUCUCUGCCUAUCUGGCCUUCUCGGGCAUCGUGCUCCACAACGCGCAGCUGUACGAGACUUCGCAGCUGGAGAACCGGCGCAACCAGGUGCUCCUGGACCUGGCCAGCCUGAUCUUUGAAGAACAGCAGUCCUUGGAGGUCCUCCUGAAGAAGAUUGCUGCCACCAUUCUGUCCUUCAUGCAGGCGCAGUGCUGCACUGUCUUCGUUGCCGAUGGCGACGCCACGAACUCCUUCUCCAAAGUGUUCCACAUGGAGUACACAGAACUGGGAGAAAAUCUGCACGAGUCCAGAAGGGAGCGUGAUGUGGGCAACCCUAUCAACUACAUGUAUGCGCAGUACGUGAAGAACACCAUGGAGCCACUGAACAUCAGGGACGUGACUAAGGACAAGCGCUUCCCCUGGACGAGCGACAACAUGGACACGUCAACAACGCAGUUUCGGAGCCUCCUCUGCACCCCAAUCAAGAACGGAAAGAAGGACAAAGUGAUUGGUGUGUGUCAGCUCCUGAACAAGAUGGACGAGUCGACGAGGACGGCGAAGCCCUUCAACCGGAACGACGAGCAGUUCCUGGAGGCUUUUGCCAUCUUCUGUGGCCUCGGCAUCCAGAACACACAGAUGUACGAGACGGUGGAGAGAGCCCUGGUCAAGCAGGAGGUCACUCUGGAGGUCCUCUCGUACCAUGCCUGUGCAGCAGAGGAGGAGACACAGGCACUCCAGGCUGCGUCCAUCCCUUCAGCUCAAUCCCUGCGGCUCCUGGACUUCAGCUUCAGCGACUUUGACCUGUCGGACGGUGAAACCACACAGGCCACCGUGCGCAUGUUUGUGGACCUCAGCCUGGUACAGAACUUCCAGAUGAAGUACAAGAGCCUAUGCCAGUGGAUCCUCAGUGUGAAGAAGAACUACCGGAGCAGCGUGGCGUACCACAACUGGAGACAUGCCUUCAACACGGCUCAGUGCAUGUUCGCGGUGCUCAAGACCGGCAGGAUGCAGAGCAAACUGAAUGACUUGGAGAUUCUGGCUCUCAUGAUUGCAACCCUGAGCCAUGACCUCGACCACAGAGGGGUCAACAACUCCUACAUACAGAGGAGUGAACAUCCACUAGCACAGCUCUACUGCCACUCGACCAUGGAGCACCACCACUUUGACCAGUGUCUCAUGAUCCUCAACAGCCCCGGGAACCAGAUCCUGAGCGGCCUGUCGCUGCAGGAGUACAAGAGCACCCUGAGGAUGAUCGAGAGCGCCAUACUGGCCACCGACCUGGCGCUCUACAUGAGGAAGAGAGGAGAGUUCUUUGAGCUCCACAACAGCAGCCAGUUCACCUGGGAGGACAAGAACCACAGAGACCUGCUGAGGUCCAUGCUGAUGACAGCCUGUGACAUCUCUGCCAUCACCAAGCCGUGGCCCGUGCAGAAGAAGACCGCCGAACUGGUCGCCACCGAGUUCUUUGAGCAAGGAGACAAGGAGAGGCAGGAGCUCAACAUCGAGCCCAUUGACCUGAUGAAUCGGGAGAAGAGGGACAAGAUCCCAGCGAUGCAGGUGUCCUUCAUCGACACCAUCUGCAUGCAGCUGUACGAGACGCUGGCAAAAAUAUCCGAGUUCUGCUUCCCGCUGCUGGAGGGCUGCAGGAGGAACCGGCAGAACUGGAAGGCCCUGGAUGAGUGAGGAGACGAGACCCCGGUCAACGGGGCGCCUUAACAGACUUGGCACCUGUGACCCGGGGUUAUUAUUUAAUGCUGUGUGAGAUUUUUGCACCAUGCAGAUUUUUCCUGCCACAUAAAUACCUGGGUACAGACAGUAUACAUCACACUAAGUCCUAGGGAGUAGAGUACAUCAAGUUAGUCAGUACUGUGUACCACGCUGUGUGACAGACAGCUGGAGUCACUGCGUGUGCACGCACGCACGCACACACACACACACCCCCCACAACCAAUAGGGACUCUGCUAAACACACAUCGUUUGUACACAAAACAUCACAACUAAAUAUUUAUUUUAUAUAUUUAUUAAUUUUAUACAAUGCAAGUUUGACAUUACAAAUAACUUUUAUUCUUUGUAGAAUCACUGAUUUCUUUAAGUAUAUAAAUGUAUGUCCUGUACAUAUUUUGCAUUGCUGCGUAAAAUGCUGUUGUACUCGAGGUGAGUAGGUGCAGUCAAUCUCACACCCUGCUGGUUCGCACACUUUCCCCACGUGCGGCCGAGGGCCAGCUGUGGCCUCUUUUGAUGGCGCUCGUACCCACGCCCCACUGGGAGCCCUUUGAAAGCCGACCCAAGAGGGCCGGGGACACCGCGCAUAUUGUUGCUGCUCCACUCUGUUUUGCACAACACUUUUGCUGUAAGCAGCUGCAUUUGCAUAUCACUGAAAAGAGGCGUUUGAAAUGCUCCCCAUGAAUAACAUACUUUCAUGACAACAAUUGGCUAUAAACAUCCAACCAGCUGCCUCAGAGCCCAUCAGUUGAAAGCACUGCGUGAAGAGGCUCGUGUUGGACGGUGGUGGUGCGGAGCCCUCAGGAGAUAGGAAGACACCCCACAAAGGGCAGAAGGCCCCACCCCCA